AUGUGGUGCAGAGACAUGUGGACUCUGGGUGUGAAGUUUCGGUGUGUCGUUCUGGUGGGAGCUGUCCUGGCUCUGUCAGGGGGUCCGUGUGAGGCCGAAGACAUACUGGUGCCACUGGGAUCGGAUGCCUUGUUGCCCUGCUCCACCUCUGUGUCCCGUCGGGCCGUGGCUCACGCCGCUGCCAUCCACUGGAGAAAGAACAGCAACGGGCGGGUGAGGACAGUGUGUCGCAGGGAGCGGAGCGGACUGGAGUUCCGUCACGUCAGCCUGGCGGGUCGGACCCAGUGCCCCCAGUCAGACUUCAGGUCGGGAGACUACAGCCUCCGAAUCUGUGCCACGCGGGCCGAGGACGGUGGAGAGUACAUCUGUACGGUGCAGGAGGGACAGAGAAAGACCGUGAAGACCGUCUUUCUCAGAGUGAUUCAAGUGUUGUUUUCCUUACCCACGCCAAUAGAGGGCAGCAGAAUGCAAAUGACCUGCAGUGUCAACCCCAAACCACAGGGGGCUACGGUGAGCUGGAAACUCAACGGGGACCCUCAACCCAGAUACUCUUCCACGGUGACCUUUGAUUACCUUAAACAGACACACAGCGGUAACUGGACGUGUGUCGUCGGUUAUAAACAGGCAAAGGGAGAAGCUACAGAGAGCAUGGAAGUCAAAGGUAUAACAAUUCCACAGAACGACGGCCUCAUGGUGUACGGAGCGCCGGGUUCCUCCGUCACGUUGCCCUGUGUGUUUUCCGAGGGCUUGAGGAGUCCCGCCGUCGCCUGGGAGAAAGUUUCCACGGCAACCAAAGCUUCCCUUCCCCUCCCUUUGUCCUUCAACAAAAACACCAGCGUUUUUUCGUCUGGCGCCCUCUCGCCCGCCUCGUCCCUCGGCCCGUGGGACCUGUCAGCCCGGGUGGAGAGCGUGGAGGUGAAGGACGAAGGGACGUACAGGUGCUCCGGAGAACUGCAGGGGAACAAGGGAUUGAGAACGAGAGUGAAAAGAGACAUCCAGCUGGUUGUCGCUCAAGUGUUCAGCACGUUAUCCAGAAACGGCUCCAGAACUUUGACCUGUCACCUUAGCAACGCCAGCGAGGUCACCGCGUACGAGUGGCUCCGCGUGACCUAUGAUGUCAACGGAACCCAAACGGUGACCCCCGCCGGGAAGUCAAAGGUCAUGACGAUACCCAAAGUCACAGAGACGGACAUCGGGGAAUGGGUGUGCUGUUUUUCCGGGAAACAGGGAAUUCUGGGAAAUGCAACGUACCACCUCCAUAUGAUAAGUGGCCAGGAGGGGGUGGAAAGGGAAACCGGAAAGGUCAACAGGGUUGCCAUGGUCUUAGGACUGGGUUUCCUGUUCCUGGUGUUGCUCCUUUUUGUGCUCCAGGUGUACAGAAACCGCCGCAGAAGGAAAAUGACCAUGCCCUAUCCAGCAAUGGAGAGCAUUGUCCACUCAAACUUCAAUGAACGAGAGAGGAGACAAAUAGAAAAGCAGAAAACGAAAUCAAAGGGGGUGGUUGAUGUUUAG